GGCUAUAUCAGCGAGUGGGCGGGCACGGGCCUUCCUUUAGUGCGCGUCCGCCCGCAGCGCCGCAGGCACCGUCAGUCGUACCCAGCCCCGCGAUGGAGGACAGUGCCAUGGACAUGGAGAGCAUGGGCCCCCUGCGCCCGCAGACUUUCCUCUUCGGCUGUGAGCUUAAAGCGGAUAAGGAGUUUCAGUUUAAAGUAGAUGAUGAAGAAAAUGAACAUCAGUUGUCUCUGAGAACGGUUACUUUAGGAGCUGGAGCCAAAGAUGAAUUACACAUUGUAGAAGCAGAAGCACUGGACUACGAAGGCAACCCUACUAAAGUAGUACUGGCAUCUCUGAAAAUGUCAGUGCAGCCUACAGUUUCGUUGGGUGGCUUUGAGAUCACGCCACCAGUGGUGUUGCGGUUGAAGUGCGGUUCAGGGCCUGUUUAUGUCAGUGGUCAGCACCUCGUAGCAUUAGAAGAAGAACCAGAAUCAGAUGAUGAGGAGGAAGAUGAUACAAAAAUUGUUAAUGCUUCAACAAAGAGACCAGCAAGUGGAGGAGGAGCUAAAACACCACAGAAAAAACCAAAAUUAGCAGAAGAUGAUGAGGAUGACGAUGAAGAUGAGGAUGAUGAUGAUGAUGAUGAGGAUGACUUAGAAGAUGAUGAGGAAGAAAUUAAAGCACCAAUAAAGAAACCUGUUCGUGAGGUUGCAGGAAAAAAUAUACAGAAAGCAAAGCAGAAUGGAAAAGAUUCUAAGCCAUCCACACCAGCAUCUAAAUCAAAAACUCCAGAUUCCAAGAAGGACAAAACUUUAACUCCAAAAACACCAAAAGUCCCUCUGUCAUUAGAGGAGAUAAAAGCAAAAAUGCAAGCAUCUGUAGAUAAGGGUUCUACCCUUCCUAAGCUGGAGCCCAAAUUUGCCAACUACGUUAAGAAUUGCUUCAGGACAGAGGACCAGAAGGUCAUUCAAGCUCUCUGGCAGUGGAGACAGACUCUGUAAGAAAAGAAAACAGUUUAAACAGUUCGUUAAAAUCUGCAGUCUUAUUUCUGUAACCAUUAUUUGGCUGUUCUUUUUACAAAUACUGAAAGAGCUUUCCCUCCUGUGUCUGAUAAAUGUCAUCCAGAUUACCUUGCCAAGAAUGUGUUGUCCAAAAUGCCUGUUUAGUUUUUAAAGACAGGACUCCACCCUCAGCUUCAUUUUAAGUAUGUAUGGAAUGUUUUGAUAAGGCAUGGUGGUGGUCAGACAAAUGGAAAUGGUGGGGAGACUAAAUGUAUGUGAAAAAAUAAAAUUUAGUAUUUUAAUAAAGUA